ACUGAUUUCUGUGACCACAGGAAGGCGCUGUAGGUCAUGAACUUUGUUCUAGUUAGUAAAUGGGCGUGUUUGCUCUGCGUGUUCAGUCUCUUAAAUUACCCGCUGUCGGAAAGGAAAUGGACUGAAGUUUGACAGCUGAGCCACAGGGCUGCUCUUAUUUACCUCAGGGAAUAAAGUAGAGAUGGACGUUUUCUGGGCGGGAGCCCUUUGGGCACUGAAGAUUUGGCUGUACCUCAUAAUCCUCCUCAUCAUGAUCCCUUCCAUGUUUGGAUUCUCACUGGGCAUUUCCGAGAUCUACAUGACCAUACUGGUGAAAACUUUGGAGUGGGCCACUCUGAAUAUACAGAAAGCAAAUUCAGAUGAAGGAACACUCAAACCCUCCUCAUCUAAUGGUCUCAUCCAAAGGGAAAAUGGAUCAAUGGAGAAGGAGCUCGAGGAACUUCGACGAAGUCGCCCAAAACCACCAGUGGGUGGUGAUUUUACACUAAGUGACUGUUUCUAUUUCAUCCGACAAGGGAUUGAGAGUAUUGUAGAUGAUCAGGUGACCCAGCGGUUCACUUCUGAGGAGCUGGUGUCCUGGAACUUACUGACUCGCACCAACAAUGAUUUCCAGUACAUAAGCCUGAAGCUGACACUGGUCUAUGGGCUUGGCAUCAUUGUGAGAUACUGCAUCCUUGCCCCCCUCAGAAUAACGUUGACCGUCAUCGGUGUGAGCUGGUUGGUAAUAGGAACAUCUGCAGUUGGAUUGCUUCCAAACUGGAGGAUAAAGUUCUGGCUCAGUGAGUUGGUCCAUGUGAUGUGCUACAGAAUCUGUGCUCGAGGACUCUCUGCCACCAUUCGCUAUCACAACAGGGAAAAUAAACCCAAAAAAGGAGGAAUCUGUGUUGCCAAUCAUACUUCUCCGAUCGACAUUGUGAUUCUGUGCACAGAUGGCUGCUAUGCUAUGGUGGGUCAGGUCCAUGGAGGCCUGAUGGGCAUUAUUCAGAGAGCCAUGGUGAGAUCCUGUCCUCAUGUCUGGUUUGAGAGGUCAGAGAUGAAAGAUCGCCAUCUAGUGACCAAAAGGUUGAAGGACCAUGUGAAUGACAAAAAAAAGCUUCCUAUAUUGAUAUUUCCAGAGGGAACUUGUAUCAACAACACAUCUGUCAUGAUGUUUAAAAAGGGAAGUUUUGAAAUUGGAACAACAAUAUACCCAGUCGCCAUUAAGUAUGACCCAAAGUUUGGAGAUGCUUUCUGGAACAGUUCCAAGCACAGCAUGGUCAGUUACCUGCUGAGGAUGAUGACCAGCUGGGCCCUUGUAUGCAAUGUCUGGUACCUGCCAGCCAUGCACCAACAGGAGGGUGAAGAUGCUGUCCAGUUUGCCAACAGAGUGAAGUCAGCCAUCGCUCACCAGGGAGGGCUGGUAGAUCUGCAAUGGGAUGGAGGCCUCAAGAGGGCAAAGGUGAAGGAGACAUUCAAAGAGCAGCAGCAGAAGAAGUACAGCAACAUGGUGGUGAGAGAUGACAGCAGCAGCAACAGCGACUGAGAUCCUCAGUCAGACUAAUAAACAAAGGCCUUGUCUUGUGUUGGAGAAUAUCUACUGGAAAAAAAAAUGCAAUGGUCCUCCAGUGUUUUCUCUCUGGCUGUAACUGACUGGGAAUACGCUACAGUAGAUUUAAAAAACUGUGAAAACUUAGGUACAGCUAAAGAGAGGGAAGGCUCAGUGAUUCAUAGAUAACACAAGUGCAAUAUUGAACAUUAUGAGGAACUGAAAAAGAAAAGCUCUCUGUGUUUACUGCUGCUUUAAAAAAGAGUUUGGGGUCACACAGCAUGUUCUAUAUUUUUAAUUUUUUAGAAAAUACAGAGACAUUUUGUUUCAGCAAUGAUUACUGCAGCGUUCCAGUGGCACAUUGAUUUAAAUGAUGCAAGUUCAACAUAUGAAAAGGAUGACUGAUUACUUUUUGUCCCCAUUGAUUACAGAAGCAUUAAGUGUCUGGAGCAACAGCACCUGUCAGUUUGAUCAUAGUGUCAAACACUUCCAGUCAAACAACUUUAGGAUUUUGAAAACUAUAAUGCAACAAAGCUCCAUGCACUCAAUUAACCAACUGAGCUGUUUCUUUAAAGGGUACAACAGUUUUCAGCUGUGCUAACAUGAUCAUUUAGACUUUUGAUAAAUUUCUGGUAGCUAGCAGUGUGUUUGUAAUACAUAAAUAACAUUGCUGCAAUCAUAUGUUAGUUAUUAUUAAUUCUACUGAUUCUACAACCUUUCGUCAAUAUUUCAGAGCAAAGUUAAGUGGUAUUAGAUGAAAACAAGCAUCCUUUUUUUUUCUCAGAAACAAAGACGUGUUAAGUGACCCCAAACUACUGAGCAGUGUUUACUGAUGUGAAAUGUGUGACUGCAGAUGAGCCACUGGUUCAACAAACUGGCUUGAUGAAUGUCUAAUUUGUCGACUUAAAUGUGUUCUACUUGUUGUGUUUUUUGGUUUGUUUGUUUGUUUGUUUGUCUACAUGUUGAAA